AUGGGAUUCGCCGUGUAUUUGGUGGCUCUUGUCAUACUUUAUGUGUUACUGAAUUUGGGGAAAAUUGGAAAGUUUGUGAAGGAAAGGAAAAGGUUGUAUGAGUUGAUGGACAAAAUUGAUGGUCCCUAUGCAUUGCCAUUGUUAGGAACAACUUGGCAAUUCAAAAUGGAUCCAGUUGAAUUUGCACUACAGCUCUAUAAUUGGGGUCUGGAAUAUUCUUCCAAGGGAGCAUCCCUUGCAAAGUUCUGGAUGGGACCAUAUCCAAUGGUUAUCAUUUUGACUCCUGAAGCUAGCAAGAAAGUUCUCGAAAGCAAUGUUCUGAUCAAUAAGAGUAGCGAAUACGACAUCUUCCUUCCAUGGCUUGGAACCGGCCUUCUUCUUGCCAGUGGAGAUAAAUGGAGAGGAAGAAGAAAGAUGAUGACUCCAUCAUUCCAUUUCAAUGUUCUCAUUGAUUUCCAGGCAGUUUUCGAUAAUCAGGGAAAGAUCCUUCUGGAGCAGCUGGAAGACGAAAUGAGAUAUGCCAAGGAUAACACAUUUGAUGCAUUCCCAUACAUCAAAAGAUGCGCAUUGGAUAUUAUUUGUGAAACCGCAAUGGGAACGACAGUCAGUGCCCAAACAAAUCAUACUCAUCCAUAUGUGAUGGCAGUGAAUGAAAUGAAUAGUUUGGCAUUCAAAUAUCAGAGAAUGCCUUGGUUAUGGAUCAAACCUAUUCGGCACUUAUCUGGAUAUGAAGCUGAUUUUCAGAGGAAUCUGGACAUUGUCACUUCAUUCACAAAGAAAGUUAUCGAAGGGAAAUUGAGAGAACACGAGGAAUCUGUAGGGUUUUCAGAGGACAAAAAUAAGAAGAAGGCGUUCUUGGAUAUGCUCAUUGAUAAAAAGGAUGAAGGUGGUCUUGGAUACGAGGACAUCCGGGAAGAAGUUGACACAUUUAUGUUUGAAGGACACGACACAACGUCUGCUGGAAUCGGAUGGUCCCUAUGGUGUCUCGCUAAUAGUCCGGAGUAUCAGAAAAAGUGUCAUGAAGAGCUGGAUCAAAUUUUCGAAGGAUCUCCAAGAGAAUGUACUGUCGAUGAUUUGAAGAAGAUGAAAUAUUUGGAAAAGUGUGUAAAAGAAGCACUAAGAAUGAGACCAUCCGUUCCGCAGAUUGCAAGAUCAGUGGAGGAGGAGUUUGAAAUUGAUGGCACAAUUGUUCCAAAAGGAUGUUCCGUAAUGGUAUCACCGGCGUUCCUUCAAAAUAAUCCAAGAACUUAUGAGAAUCAUGAAGUCUACGAUCCAGAGAGAUUCAAUGAAGACGAAAUCGCCAAACGACACGCCUAUGCCUACAUUCCAUUCAGUGCGGGACCCCGAAACUGUAUCGGUCAAAAAUUCGCAAUGCAGGAGGAAAAGACAGUAAUAUCAUGGGUCCUACGAAGAUUCCAAAUACAUUCCGAUGUCGGAAUCAGGGAGAAUAUUCCACUACCGGAAACAAUCACAAGACCUACAAUGGGAUUCCCAUUGAAAUUCACAAUUAGACAGUAA